UGGGCUUUUUUUAAUUUAUUUGCAAAGCAAACCGGCUCAGCUGAGCGGAACAGGCGUCGGUGGAGGAGCGUGAGCUGCCGGGUGGUUGCUGGGCUAUAAAAUCCCAUCCCCACCAGCGCUGGCAGGGGGAUGUGGCGGCUGCCCGAGCUCUCGCAGCGCUUCCACGUUGGCCGGGAGAGGUUCUGAACAUGCGUGUUGGUCUCUGGAGGCUUUAAUCAAAUCCAGGCUUUACCAGAAAUCGCCUCGAAACUUCCAGCGAGCUGAGCAAACCGAAAGCAGCCGGAGCAAGGAGGCUCCCGGGCGGGUGUGUGGGGCUGGCAGGGAUGUUGCCUUCAGCAAGGGGGUAGUCCCGGUGAGGCAGCCGGGAUGAGAGCCUACCCAUGAGCUCAGACUUCCAGCAUUACAGUUUCAGGAUGCCGAACAUCGGGUUCCAGAACCUUCCUCUCAACAUAUACAUCGUGGUUUUCGGCACGGCCAUCUUCGUCUUCAUCCUCAGUUUGCUCUUCUGUUGCUACUUGAUCAGGCUCAGGCAUCAGGCACACAAAGAGCUUUACGCCUACAAACAGGUCAUACUCAAGGAGAAGGUGAAGGAGCUGAACCUCCAUGAGAUCUGCGCCGUGUGCCUGGAGGAGUUCAAGCCCAAGGACGAGCUGGGGAUCUGUCCCUGCAAACAUGCCUUCCACAGGAAGUGCCUCAUCAAGUGGCUGGAGGUGCGGAAGGUGUGUCCCCUGUGUAACAUGCCGGUGCUGCAGCUGGCGCAGCUGCACGGGAAGCCGGACCCGGGCCCGCCGCAGGGGCCGCUGCCCGGCUCGCAGAACAUCGUAUAGUCCCUGCCGGGCCCGGCCCGCGGCGCUCGGACACAACCAAAGCACUUGGGCCGCAGCUGGGCAGCCCCGAGCCGUGCCGGGGUGAAGCCUGGGCUCGGACCCUCCGCCGGGGCCGGGCGGGGACUCGGCGUCCUCGGCACGGAUCCUUCUUCCAGCACCUCCCUCCUGCAGCCCCGCGGCCGCCGGGAAGCGGCGCGGUGGCACCCAGCGACCUCCGGGACAUCGCCACGGCCCCCGCAGGACGCGGGCGGACCCCGGAGCGCCGCGCCCGGUUCCUGCUGCCUCCUCUCCGCCCUCGGUUCCUUCGCCUUUGCGGUUCCCACCGGGAGAUGGGGGCUCGCCCCCGGAGUCGUGCUGCGGUCGGGUGUCCCCUCGGCACCUGGUGUCACCCGCGGGGGUGGCCGUGUGGGGUCUGUCCCGGGUUUGGAUUCCCGAGGGUGGCUGCCCCUCUUCCUCGGCUACCUCAGGGGCCUGGAGUCCCUGUAAGGGGCACGGCAGCAAUCCCGGCCUGUGGGAUCAUCCCAUCGCUUCCAGCCUGGCCCGGGGCUCUCCGGGCACGGUUUCCCUUGCCAAAACACCCCGAACCCCUCAGCGGCGCCUGGGGCCGCCCCUCGCCUCCCCGACCGCGAGUUUUGGGGCUCGCCCGGCAUCCCCAGCACCGCAUUCCCGGCCCUGGGAGCGGGGUCAGUGUUACACGGCAGCGGCUUCCCCGGGCAGGGCUGGGGGCUCCUGGUGCCGCCCCCUCCCGAACUCCCGGGACUGUUUAUGGAGCGUGGAGCCUCAUAGACGUGUUUGUACACUACAAAUUCUGCAGCAGAAUAUUUUUUAAAACAUUCGCUGGUUUUGGUUUUUGUUUUGUUUUGGUUUUUUUUUUCCCUCUGUUUGUUUGGGUUUUUUUGUAAGCUCUAUUUUUGUAUAUUUAAUUGCUAUUUGAAAAUUCUAAUAAUGCGUCUUUUUUGCUAAUCACACUCUUCUUAAGGAAAAACCGUGAAAGAAAAAAAAAACCAAACAAGAGUUUGCAUGUGAUUUGACUUGAAAUGUAAAUAAAAGCAGGUUUUGGAA